AUGAACGGCUACUACUACAGGGACGAGUUCGCGACUCCCUCGCCGACUCCAUCUCCCCGGGGACCUGCAUACUACGCCUCCACCCCGCAACGGCCUGCGACGCGAGCGCACUUCCGGCACAUGAGCAGCGGCAUGAACGACUACUCGAGUCCGCGCCCGGCGGCAUUCUCGCCGCGGUACAACAGCGAUGGGCUCUACUCGACCAACGCCGCAACUGCUAAUGUGAGUGCAACGCGAUCAUCGCGGAAACAAUCAUUUUCUGGGACGCGCCCCAAGCGCGAGCGUCGGUCUUCUUAUUCCUACUAUCGGGCCUCUGAUUCACAUGGGGAAUCCGACGAGGACGAAUAUGUCGAAGUCAACGGUGUCACCUACGUGAUACCCGCGCGGACGAGGUCGAAGCGCCACAGCAGGCAGGACGAGGGUCUCUACUAUUCUGGUUAUUAUGAUGGGCAUGCAACUGAUCGCCACCACUAUGCACAGGCCUCAUCCCGCCGUCCGGCCAAUGACUAUGACAACAGGUACGAGUUUGCACGCUACUUUGAGGAGCAGCCACGCCGCUCGUCUGGACACACCAGGCGUGCUUCCCAGUCAACCCCCCAGCGGCCUCAGACAACGCGGCCUGCCAGCUCCCACCACAAGGCCCCACCGCCAACAACCAGGAAGGCGACCGAGGCCGACGCCAAGAAGUAUCGCAUUCCUCCAGGUUACUCAUUGAAGAACUGGGACCCGACCGAGGAGCCCAUCCUUCUGCUUGGCUCGGUGUUUGAUGCCAACAGCCUGGGGAAGUGGAUCUACGACUGGACCGUCUACACGCAUGGCCCCUCGACCCCGAUCUCUGAGAUGGCGGGUGACAUGUGGCUGCUGCUCAUCCAGCUUGCUGGGAAGAUCAAGAGGUCUAAGGAGUGCGUGCCGCGGAUCAGGACGCUCGAGAACCGGGAGAUGAUUGAGGACUUCAUCGAGUCCGGCGAGCGCCUCACGGAUAAGCUCCGCAAGGUGCUCAAGACGUGUGAGUCACCCAUGCUCAAGGCGAGCAAGAAGAAGGAGCAGCUGGGCAAGAACUCGGGCAUCGAGUUUGUCGAGACGCUCUUCGGGCGCGAGCGCGAGCUGGAGAAGUCUGAGCGCUUCAUGCAGUCGGUGCGCCUUUGGAACCUGCGCUUCGACGCCAACUGCGAGGACGUGCUUAAGCAGCCUUCGAAAUAA